AUGGCCUGGAUUGGUGACCUCCAGUACGCCCUGCAACAGUUACCAGUUCCAGUCAAGUUCCCCAUCGCAGACGCCCUGACACCGGACACCGUGAAGAAAUUCGGCGGCAACGUCGACCGAGGACACUACGCGCCUAUACCCGGAUUGCUCGCGUCCGGCUCCUACUAUGCCCCUGGAAGCCCCUGGACCUUCCGCAUGAUGGCGGACGGCAGUAGCGCUGCCACGUGGUUCCACCUGGACCAUGUCCAAUUUUGCGAAACGCGCGAAACUGCGCUCCAGCCGACUCCAGCAGGACAAAUACAGACACGCCACAAGUGGCUAACGGGCGCCUCGCAGCUUGACCUCCUCGUCGACGACGACGAACACGCCCUCCCCACAUGGACCCCCUCUCACUCGGUGGCGAGUCACCCGCCGCCCUCGCACCCCUCACCGCCAGGCGACGCCAGCAGGGACUCACCGCCCCCAGUCGUCCCACCCGCCGACGGCGCACGCCGUCGAAACGCCCCCGCCCUCCAGCCAUCUUCAUCUCAGGCCGGUCUGUCGCAGAUGCUGCGCCGCCGACGAUCCGCAGGGGCCGUGGCCACGCCCCAAGGAGCAGCCGUGGCCCCUCGCCCGGCCACAUCGAACAACGCCGCAACGCACCGGAUCCGCCUCGUCCCGCACUUGGCCUCAAGAUCCUCACUGCGAUUCGAGCCCAUCUGCAGAGACGUGCGCGAGGGCGACCCGGCGCUGCGGAUCGGACGGUUCACCGACCGGUCAGGACUGGGACUGGCGGCGGCGAACGCACUCGGGUCGAACAAGCUCGCGUUCAAGUCGAAGGUGGUGUCGCGCGCGCACGCGGAGAUCUGGGCGGAGGCGGGCGGGCGGUUCUUCAUCAAGGACACGAAGAGCAGCUCGGGCACGUUCCUCAACCACGUCCGGCUCUCGCCCGCGAACACGGAGAGCCGCCCCUCGGAGCUGCGCGAUGGGGACAUUCUGCAGCUCGGCGUGGACUACCAGGGCGGGAACGAGGACAUCUACAAGUGCGUGAAGAUCAAGAUUGAGAUGGGCCGCGAAUGGCAGGCGCACGCCAACCCGUUCAACGCGAACGCCCUGAAGCAGCUGAAGGCGAUCUCGCUCCCGAACAACGCAACCUCGAAGAAGACGCUGCCGAGGUCGUCGCUCCCGGACUGCUGCAUCUGCCUGUUCGCGGUGACGAUCCACCAGGCGCUGUUCAUCGCGCCAUGCUCGCACGCGUUCCACUUCAAGUGCAUCCGGCCGCUGCUCGAGACGCACCACCCCGCGUUCUCGUGCCCGCUCUGCCGCACGUUCGCAAAUCUGGAAGAGGACGUCGAGGUUGAGAUCGAGGGGAGCGUGUUUGGCGGGGACGAUGAUAUCGAUGCGGACGUUUCGGUCGUCGUCGCUGCAGUCGCCGCUGCGGCCGUGGACAGGCCCGCGACGGGCGACAGCCAUCAGUCCCACUCUCGCUCGAGGGAGCGCGAGCGCGACAGGGAUCCUGGAGCGGAGACGGAGGUGGAGGCUGAGCCCCGCCCGAUCCGUGGACGGCUCAUGCACCACCCGCUUGCGGAUACGGACGUCGAGAUGGCAGAUGCCGACGGGAUCGCGCUGCCGCCGCUCCCGGAGGCCUCGCCACUCAUGGUCGCGCGGGCGUGGACGGCGGUCAACGGAGGUAGAGACGGUAGCGUGUCGCCCGUGCUCGUGCCAGGACCACUCAGCUCGGCAAUGGAGGUGUCCGAGGGCGAGGAGUACGGUGACGAGGCUUCGGGCAGCGGAGAAGGGUCGAGCGAAGUCAUGGUCGGUGGGACGCUGGGGGAGGGGCAUAAGCGCAAGCGGUGA